UGUGUGUGUGAGAGCGUUUCAGUUGUGUGUGUGAGAGCGUUUCAGUUGUGUGUGUGAGAGCGUUUCAGCUGUGUGUGUGAGAGCGUUUCAGUUGUAUGUGUGAGUGCGUUUCAGUUGUGUGUGUGUGUGAGAGCGUUUCAGUUGUGUGUAUGAGAGCGUUUCAGUUGUGUGUGUGAGAGCGUUUCAGUUGUGUGUGUGAGAGCGUUUCAGUUGUGUGUGUGAGAGCGUUUCAGUUGUGUGUGUGAGAGCGUUUCAGUUGUGUGUGUGAGAGCGUUUCAGUUGUGUGUGUGAGAGCGUUUCAGUUGUAUGUGUGAGAGCGUUUCAGUUGUGUGUGAGAGCGUUUCAGUUGUGUGUGUGAGAGCGUUUCAGUUGUGUGUGUGAGAGCGUUUCAGUUGUGUGUGUGAGAGCGUUUCAGUUGUGUGUGUGAGAGCGUUUCAGUUGUGUGUGUGAGAGCGUUUCAGCUGUGUGUGUGAGAGCGUUUCAGUUGUAUGUGUGAGUGCGUUUCAGUUGUGUGUGUGUGUGAGAGCGUUUCAGUUGUAUGUGUGAGAGCGUUUCAGUUGUGUGUGUGAGAGCGUUUCAGUUGUGUGUGUGAGAGCGUUUCAGUUGUGUGUGUGAGAGCGUUUCAGUUGUGUGUGUGAGAGCGUUUCAGUUGUGUGUGUUAGAGCGUUUCAGUUGUAUGUGUGAGAGCGUUUCAGUUGUGUGUGAGAGCGUUUCAGUUGUGUGUGUGAGAGCGUUUCAGUUGUGUGUGUGAGAGCGUUUCAGUUGUGUGUGUGAGAGCGUUUCAGUUGUGUUUGUGAGAGCGUUUCAGUUGUGUGUGUGUGAGCAUUAUAUUUUCAAUUGCAUGUAUGAGAGCAUCUCAGUUGUGUGUGUGUGAGCAUUUCAGUUGUGUUUUUGAAUGUAAUAUUUUCAGUUGUAUGUGUGAGAGCGUUUCAGUUGUGUUUGUAAAAGCAUUUCACUUGUAUGUGUGUGAGCAUUUCAUUAUAGUAUGUGAAUGAAUUUGGUUUCAUAUGUGUAUGUGAGAGGAAAAGUACAUGUAUAUGCAUGGUAAUUCUAAAAAAAGUCCCUAGGGGCACCUCAUACCUCCCCGCCUGCACGCGCUUAUCUCGCCGAUCGGUUACAUCCAGCCACAGCCGAUGUCGAACACACCUAUAAGAUCACAUGUGAAACACAUGCUAAUUGCCAUGUGAAACACAUGAGAUCACAUGUGAAACACAUGCAAAUUGCCAUGUGAAUCACAUGAGAUCACAUGUUAAACACAUGCAAAUUCCCAUGUGAAACACAUGCAAAUUCCCAUGUAAAACACGUGAGAUCCCAUGUAAAACACGUGAGAUCACAUGUGAAACACAUGCAAAUUGCCAUGUGAAACACAUAAGAUCACAUGUGAAACACAUGCAAAUUGCCAUGUGAAACACAUGAGAUCACAUGUGAAACACAUGCAAAUUGCCAUGUGAAACACAUGCAAAUUCCCAUGUGAAACACAUGCAAAUUCCCAUGUGAAACACAUAAGAUCACAUGUGAAACACAUGCAAAUUGCCAUGUGAAACACAUGAGAUCACAUGUGAAACACAUGCAAAUUGCCAUGUGAAACACAUGAGAUCACAUGUGAAACACAUGCAAAUUGCCAUGUGAAACACAUGUAAAUUCACAUGUGAAUCACAUGAGAUCACAUGUGAAAAACAUGCAAAUUCCCAUGUGAAACACAUGCAAAUUCCCAUGUGAAACACAUGCAAAUUCCCAUGUGAAACACAUGUAAAUUCACAUGUGAAUCACAUGAGAUCACAUGUUAAACACAUGCAAAUUCCCAUGUGAAACACAUGCAAAUUCCCAUGUGAAUCACAUGGGAUCACAUGUGAAACACAUGUUAAUUUCCAUGUGAAACAUAAAAGUCACAUGAAUUUCCCAUGUGCGAAUCAUAUGUGGCACAUGUAAAAAAUAAUGCACAAGUGAUUACAUGUGUUGCACAUGGAAUUGACAUGUGUUUCACAUGGGAUUCACACAGAAAUGUUCCAAAAACACACAUUUCACAUGUGAUCACAUGUGGUUUUUCACAUGUGAAAUUUAUGUUGUUCACAUGUGCUCACAUGUGAAAAACAUGUUUUUUCCAUGUGAAACAAAAAAGUCACAUGUUAAAUGUUGGUUUUAACAUUUUUGUGUGAAUCCCAUGUGAAACCCAUGUGGCACAUAAAAAAAGUAUGCACAUGUAAUCAAAUGUGUUUCACAUGGAAUUCACAUGUGUUUCACAUGGGAUUCACACAAAUGUUCCAAAAGCACACAUUUAACAUGAGAUCACAUGUUUUUUCACAAGUGAAAUUGAUGUUGUUCACAUGUGAAAAACAUGUAGAUUUCCGUUUGAAACACACAAAAUCCCAUGUGCAAAACGUGCAAAUCUAGGUCUGCAGGCAUGAAAGUAGCCCAUGCUGUAUAAGAGAAGAGAGUUGAAGUAUAUAAAGUAGGCUAUACAUUUGCUUAUCUUAACCAAGGACUCAAACUCAACCUUUGACCACAAAGGUAGGGUAUGAUCUUUUAAGCUGUUGGUGAUAUAAAAUAAAGGCACCAUGAUUUGACUUUGACAAUAGACACAUUUAACAAGACAAUGUGUUAACCUGACUAGCCUAGCUCCGCCCUCCUACGUGCUUCUGCUUAAUUUUCAUUUAGCUUCAGUACUACGUCUGGGACUGCUGUCUAGAGUUUCGCUUUCUCCUGCAAAAAUCUGCAGGUCCAAUCAGCGAACAGAAGUGGGGUGGGUAAGAACGAUGAUGUUGAGGUCGUGCAUCAGUUUGAGUUGUAGUUCAGUAAUGGCAGCGGAGAAAGACAUAAGAAAAGCUAUCCGGUCUGUUGUUGCAAAACUGCCGAAUAUACAGAAGUUAAAGCCGGAGCAAGAACAAUGUUUGCUAAGUUUUGUUGGUCUGAUCAUUCGGACUUGUUGUUUCAGGCCGGUUUUGGCGCAUGAUAUACGUCACGACCACACGUUAGCGAUCGCCUAUGGCAGAUCCUGAGUGACUCUGGGCAGAUCCAAUAGUUUUAAACUUUAACAGAGGACCUUCCUUAACGGAAGUAACCCUUUGCAAUGGAGCGUGGCCAGACUCUCUGUACAAAUGAAAUGAGUGUACUAGAGUCUGGUUGGACCUAAAACCUGACUGCAUAAGCCACCAUAUUCUGUAAGGAAAAACAAACGACUGAUUCAAAUUUAGAAUUUUAUUGGCUAAACAUCCAGGAAUGAACCAUGAAGUAUUCAAAUAAGAUGUUAUAUUCAUAAAAACAUGUAUCCAUAAGAUAAGAGAUUAUAUUCAUAAAAACAUGUAUCCAUAAGAUAAGAGAUUAUAUUCAUAAAAAACAUCUAUCCAUAAGAUAAGAGAUUAUAUUAAUAAAAACAUCUAUCCAUAAGAUAAGAGUUUAUAUUCAUAAAAACAUGUAUCCAUAAAAUAAUACAGCAACUGUAUAUCUGUGUGUGUGUGUGUGUGUGUGUGUGUGUGUGUGUGUGUGUGUGUGUGUGUGUGUGUGUGUGUGUGUGUGUGCGUGUGUGUAAUGAGACUUUAGUCCUCAGUUUCUCUUCCAGCAGGCUCCCUGUAUUGGAAAAAACAAAAUUAAAGAUUAAAAAAGUACAAGCAUGAUUGUGACAUCUUGAUAGCAUUUAAUUUAUUUUCUUUUUCUGGAUUUCAGGAUUGGUUCUGCUUUUCUAAGUAAUGCAUAAUCUGUGUAUUCACAGUGGUCAAAAAUGUUAACAAGCAGAUCCUGACAAGGAGCAAUGCAAAACUGCAUUUGAAAAUAUACACAAUCAUCAGCAUCUUGGUUGGCUUUUAAAUGCUAUACUAGAUUUAUACUAUAUUUAUAGUAACAAUUGAUAUACUACAAAAGAUACAUCGAUCAGCUAUGACAUUAUGACCAACUGCCAAAUAUUACGGUCAGAACUAAUACCAUGGGCCUGUUGAAUGCAUUAUUCUGAUUGGUUGAGUGUUCUAGUGUGUUGAUUAUAGGGGUGGGAAUCGCUUGGACCCUCGUGAAUCGAUCCAGAAUCGAUUCUUGACGUACUAAUUUGCAUAUCUGUGACGUCAUUACAUCACAUUUGCUCUCAAAGCCAGGUUAAUGUUUGUGCUUUUGCUUCUAGUCUCUGAACUGUCAUAUACUGUACUUUAAUGCAACUAAGGGAUAAAUAAUGUCAUUCUUAUAUACAUAUAUGUCCUGUUUCUGUUGUAAGACAUUAAAACCAGUAAAAAUAAUAAUUAAACGUGACACAUUAAUUCUAUAUUUUAACCGUCAUUAACUCCCACGAACUGACGUGCGUCUAGCAUCAUCUUUAUACACAGUGAUCAGCAGUAUUACUGUAUUUAUAUAAUGCAGCGCAUCCAGCGACUGAAUAACAAACUAUGUGCAUAUUUUUACAGAAGUAUCUUCAUAUUAUAUAUAAACAGCCAGCGGAUGGUUUAGGGAAACGCUAUAGCACAGUCAGAAGAGUCAUUAAAUUAAAUGCGCUGUGUGUCUCCCUGCCGCUCACUAAACAGAGAAAAGGCAGAGCAAGACUAUCCAAAAGUGUGUCUUGUUUUCUUGCAGUUUAGAAUGAGUCAAACAGGGCUGUUCUAGAUCUUAUUUCUUUCUCUUUUGCUCUUGUAAGCUCCGCUAUGCGCUCGUGCAGUGCGCACUCUCUUAAGUUGUCCGUGUGCAACACCGCUCCCCCAGUUGAGUCUGCCUUUUGGUUUUGAUAACGUAUUUUGUAAACUAACAUUUAAGAAUCGAUUCUUGACAUUUGUGAAUUGAUUCAGAAUCGGCCCACGUCCGAAUCGCGAUUAAUCUAAGAAUCGAUUUUUUUGUCCCACCCCUAGUUGAUUAUUUUGCUAUAAAAAACACACCUAACCUGUCAAAUGUCUUAAAAUAACCACCACAAUUUGUGUUAAUAUGGUAUAAGCAGAAUAAUUGCCUUUGGUUCCUUGAAUUAUUUGAAAAUAAUUCACACUUGUGGUGCAUUGCCAACUUGGGUGUGCAUUUUUUCAAAUAAUUCAAUGUCCUGUCGUCAAUAAUUCUUAACACAUUUAAUACAGAUGACUGAAAAGUACAAUAUGAGUCUUAUGAUUAAAAAAAAAAAAAACUAAACAUUUGGUUGCUUGUCAGUAGCAUUGUUGUAGUGACAGCCAAAAUACAUUGGCAUAUAUGUAAUUUUAAAUAAAACUUAAUACAUUGUUCUUAAAUUUUAUCCUUUUAAUGUCAAAUUAGUUGACAAAUUAAAAUUUAUUUUAACCAGUGAAACCAGAAUUUACAAAAAUAAAAACAGAAAACACAGAAUUUGAGAAUAAAUACAAUGAAAUUUUGGAAAAAAUAAAACGGAUUCCAUAGGGCCCUAUUUUAACGUUAGCAUUAACAUUCUGCAGCUCUAGAAACAAGUUCAUUUGUGAUGGUAUUAUGGCUAUCGGGAUCGCGUUGGAGGAUUAUGAUUGCUUAGAGCAUUUGAAUGCAGACUGAUUUGUAAGCAAUGGACAGUAGUAUGGAGAGUUGCAGAGAAACUUUUGAAGAAAGAUUAAGCAGCCACUUCCAGCGACACUAUGAGCAGCUUCAUUGCAAACGGUAAGUAAGCAAUUUUAAAACACUUUGUAUGACAAAAGGUCAGAAUGAGGGUCAAAACCAAUAAUUUGCCUGUUAUCUUAGUUUUUUUGCGCAAAGAAACCUUUUGUUAACAUAAUUAGUGAACUUCACAUAACAUUAAAAUGAAGCAAUUCAUAUGAAAACCAAUUAACCAGUUAACUUUGAAUUAGAGAAAACACUUCCCUGCCAAUUAUGAGUUUUUACAUGAAUCCAUAUUUCCGCUGUUAUCCACUAGGUGGGUCUGUUCUUUUAUUUGAUAUAUUGUAUGUUUAUUUAAAGAAGAUUUUCUGGAAGGCAUUAAACUAGCGCUGGCUGGCACUUUUUUUUAAAAUGCUGGUGGGGAAAGUCAACAAGACUAAUUUAAAAAGAUUACCAGUAGGUUAUCAAUUUACCUUUCAGUUCGUCUCCUCAGGUCUUUCAAUUUCUGUGCCAUGCAGACUUUGAUCUCAGAGUCACCAAUGCCUCUGUAAACUUUCUUUACAUGGUCUGUAAGAAAUUUAAUGAAUUAUACUACAAUAUAGAAACAACUUUGGACUUAGAAUCUAAAAAAGGGGUAAUUAUAGGAGAACUACAACCCUGGUAACCCUGGGCUCUCAAUAAAACUUUGCAUACACACUUUGCUUAACCCCAGGUUAUUUUCUUUCUAAACCCCACAUUUAACCCUGGGUAAAGGAGCGUUUCACACCUGUAAUUUAGAAGCGGAAUUAUCAACACAUUUUACCAGGAGUUAUAAAACCCUGCUCUGAACCAAUGUUAACAGCAUUUUUGUAGGGUUAUCUGCACAUUGUGAUGUGGGACGUAUACGAUGUGAAACGAAGUGGGGUUAAGAAUGUUAAAACUUAACAACAGACAUCCAAUCAGAAACUGUGUACCUUAUAUCAUGCACUGUGUGUACAUUAACAAAAACUGAAGAGUGCGUGCCUCAUAUCACAAACUGUGUCAACAGUUGUUUUACCGUUUGAAAGAAAAGUGCAAAAUACUUUUAAAGGUGACAAAAAAAACUGGAGUAAAAACGGUGCAAGUAGAAAAUGGCCAACAAGGAUUUACACAGUAACCUGUUUUCUUUCUUAAGCCGAAGCACAAGCAGUUAUUUAAAGUGGUAGUGCACUAUUUUUAUUCAGUCAGUUUGACACUGCAGUACUUUUCCAAUCACUACUAAUUACACUGCAAAUAAGAAUGGUAGUACAAUGUGAAAUGUCAGAUUACGAAUACCCAGGGUUAUAUCUUAACCCUGGUUUAAUACAUGGCAAUCUGAAACAUGAAUCCCACAAUUCCGUUUACAUCCGUCUUCCGUUUUCAUUGAUCAGUCCUCAGUAAAUAAAUAUUAAAAUUUUUAGGGAUGCACCGAAUAUUCAGCCACCGAAAAUUUUCGUCCGAAAACCAAAAAUGCUCUUUUGUGCCAUUUUUGUCCGAAAGACUUUUAUCACCGAAACAAUACAGCCGAAAUGUUGUGAUGACCCAAACAGAAACUGUGACCUGCACGUGCUUGUCUGAAGCAACAUGUAUGCGGUGUGGAUGUAUUUAACCAAAAAAAGGCGCUAAAGUGAGCAGUUGUCUGUACCCACAGAGGUACUUCCGGUUGAAUGUGUCCGGUCCAGACGUGAUCAUCACAGUAUGCCCUUCAAAGAUCAGAACUCUUGGUGUGUAAACUUAAGAGUCGCGCAAAUCUCAUACUGUAGUCCAUUAACAUACAUUUGCAGAAUAAAGCAAUGAAAAACAACGUAACAUUUUUAUGCUGUGCUGUUUGGGAUUCGCCCUCGGUCUCUGUGUGCGCGCGUUUAAGUGCCCUCAAUAGUGCACACACGAGUGAGAUGCAAACAAGCGAACAUAAAGGGCCCUAUUUUAACGAUCUAAGCGCAUUGUCUAAAGCGCACAGCGCAACGUCUAAAUGGGCGUGUCCGAAUUCACUUUUGCUAAUUUAACGACGGGAAAAAUGGUUUGUGCGCCGAGCGCAUGGUCGAAAAGAGUUGGUCCUGUUGUAAUGGGAGUAUUUUGGGCGUAACGUGCAGUAAACCAAUGAGAGACUCAGCUCUCAUCCCCUUUAAAAGCAAGUUGCGCUGGCGCUAUGUCUAAUCCCUAUUUAGAUGACGGACUUUGUAAACUGAAAAACUAAGCGGAGGAAGAAGAUCCCCAGUUUAAGAUUAAUGUUAAAUAAUUGUGUUGUUUUUCACUUGUAUUGAAAUUGUUAUUUUUUUAUUAAAACCUUUAAAACCCGUUUUCUUUUAGUCAUGGAAGUAAAAAGCAGGCUUGUAAUUGAUUUAAAUGUAUGGCUAUCCAAUAUCAUCAAAACAUAAUUUACAAGUAUGUAAGAUAAGGUGUGUACUCUAAAAAUACUUUAUUUGUUACAAACAGGAGAUAAGAAUUUACAAACGGCUCUCCUCACGUUUCAGCACUUUGGACAGCGUUUUUUUUAGCAAAGAGUUUUUUUAAGCAUUACUUAAAACAUUUUCUCAUCUCACCAUAUCCGCAGGUACAGAGUCAUCAUAUACAAUAAAUCCGUGAGGUAGCAUUAAAAAAAACAUUUAAAAACAGAUGCAUUUGUUUAAAGCAAAGCAUUUAUUUACUUACCAGGCUGCAGGUGAAGCAGCUCUUUGCGCCUUCUAACGUCUCAUAAUUAGUCCUCAUUUAUGUCCAAGAGACUCAAUAAUAAUCUUUUACAUUCAAUCCUUUAAUCGUUCAUAUUUAAAAGCAUUUUUGUGCUGCUGCGCAUUCAUGUACUUUGUGAUAAGCAAACCCGCGUUGUCCUCCCGUUUAUACUAAUGCGCUCUUUAAAUAACAUAAAACACAUUGCGCCAUUGACUUUAGAGCAGGUUUUUGUUGGUCAAUGGCGUAGUCUAUUUUAGUUGCCUCAAAAUAGCAACGCGCCAACAAUGCACCUGAACACACCUCGUUUUCAGAACAGAACGCCCAUGGGCGCAAAAGGGGGCGCAAAUGCAUUUGCUAUUUAAACAAUGCGGCGCUAAACGUGAAAAUUAGGGUGGAAACUAGCGAAAGACACUUGCGUCGCGCAUUGCGCUGCAUUGCGCCGCAUUGCGCCGGGUGUAAGAUAGAGCCCAAAAUCUUUCUAUUAUUGACAGGGCACAUAUAAACAAAAUUAUCUCCACAGUAUUCUUUUUAUAAUAAAAACAGUUGUAUAUGUCUUAAGUGUAUGUAUAGAUUACAGUCAGAAACCAGUUUGUGCUUAUUUGGUCUUAAAGAGACAGUAACCUCAAUUAACCUACUUAAAGCUCGGAUAGGUAAUGUUUGAGAGCUAGCAAAAUUAGAAAAUGGCACCUCUUCUAAGCUACACCCCCUCUCGUUAGCACUCCGUCCAAAGCUACGCCCCCACAAACAUGAACGCGCAUCCACAGUCGGAGUCAGCUGCAGGUCACAGGAAAACCGAGUAUUUCAACACAUUAUAGGCAUCAACCAAACGACUUCAUGUCUCAUUCACCUGUAACUCAACUGAUUUACACCGACAGAGAAUCUAAUGUUAGCAUUGGGCUAAUACUAGCUACAAAAAUAGCUAUGUUGCCUAACGUAACAUUUAUCAUGGAAAUAACAAAUCCCCCCGAAGCAAAACAAAUUAUUACCUGUUCAGCAGAAAGACCGCAACCUCGGCAUCGCUUUUCAGGCCCUUCAGCUCCCUCAGUUGUCUCCACCGUUCAAAUGCUCCACCGAUGUUUACGCGAGUUUGUCCUCUGGCUUUAUCCAGUACCUGUUUAGUUGCAGCCUUUUCUGCCUCAGAUUUUCUUUUUCUAGGUUUUUUAUUAGGGCGAGCAGUUACCAGCAAAGCUGGCAGUGGUAGUUUUGGCUGCUUUUUAUCUUCCAUUGUGCCGGUGCCGCAAACUCCUGCUUACUCGGUGUAGUGUUCAGGGUGACGAUGACGUGAUUAGUGCACGCAGGGCAGCGCGCGCAGUGGGGCUGGGCCACGAGACAUGAAGGCAUCUGAUUGGUUCUUUACACACGCACCGAAUGGCAGUGAUUGGUCGGAGUUUUUACUGUCCUGCAGCUGCUACAGAGGUCUGAUUGUUUUCAUUCCGUUUUCUGAACACAUAAUGUAUUGACUACUCUCAGGAUAGAAGGACCAUUUCACCCAGUAUAAUAAAAAAUGUAUCUGAACAGGAUUACCUAUGCUAGCUUUAAGUCUGUGUCAUUAAUGUUAAUCAAACAACCCAAGACAAAGAGAAAAUCACUUCUGUAGCUCUAAAAAUAAUAAUAAAUUUUAUUUAUACAAAGACAGUGUUAUGACUCAUUUAAUUCGAUUUCUGUGCCUAAUGCUAAUGUUAGCCCUUAUUAAUGUGCAACUUUGUUCUUUUUUAUAAAUAUUUGCAAUUUCUUUAUUUGUUAUUAGAUUUCCCCCACCCCCUUUUUGCUGAUCUGAAAAAUCCAAUCCGUGCCUCAAAAACUGUAAUGUGAUCCGAACCGUGAGUUUUGUGAUCAGUCACACACCCCUAGUAAAGUUAGUACACAGUGACAGCCAUAAAUGCAUUUGUACUAAUAAUUGCCAUAAUAAUUUAUUUCGGGGUUUCGGUUUUUUGGCCUUGGCUUCCUCUUUUUCGGUUUCGGCCAAGAAUUUUCAUUUCGGUGCAUCCCUACUAUUUUUAUUGGUGUAUGACCUCAUUCUAAAUUUAGCAUAGUAAUUAAAUAAUUGAGAAGAAUAUUAUUUGUGUGUAAACAAGAUGAUAUGAUAUAAUUUGCCCAGCAUUAACAAGAUUGUAACAUGCUUACCUAUAACUAGCUUCACUUUUUCUUUAUCAAGGCUUGGCCUUUGUUCACCGACAAUCCCCUUUUUUCCAGUUACAGAGCAUGUUGUCAUUUCUUCCAGUGUGAAAAUGGAGUCCAUGACAGUUCUGAUGAACGAAAGUGUUAUGGAUUUGAAACGACAUGAGGAGACCAUUGAGCAUGAAGACCGAUAUAAUUUUGAUCUGAUUGAAAAUGGGAAGGUUUGGAAUCAUCCAGAGCAGUCGCUCAAUGACCACACAAGCAAAGAUAGUGAUGAGGAAGAGGGGAGUUUGUACACUGAACUUGAAUCACAGUCGCUCAGUGACCACACAAGCAAAGAUAGUGAUGAGGAAGAGGGGAGUUUGUACACUGAACUUGAAUCACAGUCACUCAGUGACCACACAAGCAAAGAUGGUGAUGAGGAAGAGGGGAGUUUGUACACUGAACUUGAAUCACAGUCGCUCAAUGACCACACAAGCAAAGAUAGUGAUGAGGAAGAGGGGAGUUUGUACACUGAACUUGAAUCACAGUCGCUCAGUGACCACACAAGCAAAGAUGGUGAUGAGGAAGAGGGGAGUUUGUACACUGAACUUGAAUCACAGUCGCUCAAUGACCACACAAGCAAAGAUAGUGAUGAGGAAGAGGGGAGUUUGUACACUGAACUUGAAUCACAGUCGCUCAAUGACCACACAAGCAAAGAUAGUGAUGAGGAAGAGGGGAGUUUGUACACUGAACUUGAAUCAGUCAAGCAUCACGUAAAAGUGUUUAUGUCUUCUGUCUCUCUUCUUUAA